GAAAUGUGGGUUGUUUUCUGUUGUUGCAGAGCAAAGUCGAGUCUUGGUCUUCUCUCAUCAUGCCUUUCAUAACAGUCAUCUUUUUUGUUGUGAUUUUGGAUUUCUAUGUGGAGUCCAUAUGCUCUGUCAAGAUGGAAUCUUCCAAAUGUGCUCGAUAUGGAUCCUUUCUUAUAUUUGUUAGUGCACUGCUUUUUGGCAACUUCUGGACACAUCCAAUAACAGACCAGCUUCGAGCUAUGAACAAACCAGCACACCAUGAGAGCACAGAACACGUUCUUUCUGGAGGAGUGGUAGUGAGUGCUGUUUUCUUCAUUUUGUCAGCCAAUAUCUUGUCCUCCCCCUCCAGGAAGGGGCAGAAAGGCACUCUUAUUGGCUAUUCUCCUGAAGGCACUCCUCUGUAUAACUUCAUGGGUGAUGCAAUACAACAGAGUUCUCAGUCAUUACCACGUUUUAUUAAAGAGUCAUUGAAACAGAUCCUUGAAGAGUAUGAUUCUAGGCAGAUCUUCUAUUUCUUGUGCCUAAAUCUGGCUUUCACUUUUGUGGAGCUUUUUUAUGGAGUAUGGACCAAUAGCCUUGGUCUUAUAUCUGAUGGAUUUCAUAUGCUUUUUGAUUGUUCUGCAUUAGUGAUGGGGCUUUUUGCAGCUCUGAUGACAAGAUGGAAAGCAACCCGCAUAUUUUCCUAUGGAUACGGACGUGUAGAAAUUCUCUCCGGUUUUAUUAAUGGCCUCUUUCUGAUGGUAAUUGCUUUCUUUGUUUUCAUGGAAUCGGUGGCCAGACUGGUAGACCCUCCAGACAUAGACACAAAUAUGCUAACUCCAGUCUCUGUUGGAGGGUUGAUCGUAAACCUGGUUGGUAUCUGUGCCUUCAGCCAUGCACACUCACAUGGGGCUUCUCGUGGAGGCUGUCAUUCACAUGAGCACAGCCAUUCUUAUCAUGGACACAGCCAUAGCCAUGGGCAUGGCCACUCCCACAAUGAGCAUGGGCACAGCCAUGGACAUUCCCAUGUGUCUUCAGGAGGAGGCAUGAAUACCAACAUGAGAGGUGUGUUUUUGCACGUGUUAGCAGACACUCUUGGCAGCGUGGGUGUUAUAGUGUCUACCACAUUUAUUCAGCAAUUUGGAUGGCUGAUAGCUGAUCCCCUCUGCUCUCUUUUUAUUGCUACACUGAUUUUUCUCAGUGUUAUCCCACUACUGAAAGAUGCCUGUCAAGUGCUUUUGUUGAGGAUACCUCCAGAACAGGAGAAAGAUCUGCAUGCUGCUUUAGAAAAGAUUCAGAAAAUAGAUGGAGUCAUAUCCUACAGAGAUCCUCAUUUUUGGUGUCAUUCUGCAAGUGUUGUGGCAGGUACAAUACAUGUGCAAGUGGUAUCAGAUGUGAUGGAGCAGAGAAUUGUUCAGCAGGUUACAGCAAUUCUGAAAGAUGCUGGAGUAAACAACCUAACUGUUCAAGUGGAGAAGGAAGCUUAUUUUCAACACAUGUCCGGCCUCAGCACGGGAUUUCAGGAUGUACUUGCAAUGACUCAACAUCUGGAAUCCAUGAAAUAUUACAAAGAUGGGACUUACAUAAUGUGACAGAAAUUAUUUUAGCCAAAGGGUUGAUGGUAAAUCUGUAGGAUUCCAUGUCUGUAUUAUUUUUGUCUGGGGAUAUUGCACAUACAUGUACAGAAAAAAAAUGUACUAUAGUCUUGAUUUUUUUUUUUAAGCAUUGUAUCUUUAAUAAGAUUGAAUCAAGAUGCUUUUGUAAAGGAAAUAAGGACUAUAAUAUUUGCUGUAUAUGUGAAAAUAAUGUAAAUCCUAAGUACUGUACAUUGUGUGCUGUUCAUUAAACAGAAAUUUUACCACUGGUAGAUGAACAUUUACGUAUAUUCCAUAUGUUCUCUUAAGUAUGGGACAUCAUGUUUAUAAAUUUAUUUUAGAAGUAAGAAAUUGAAAUAGUUUAUAUUGGGCUACAAACAAAAUCAACUGAAUAAUAUUUUUCUUUCUUCCAGAAGUACUUUGAAAACUGAAUAAAAAAUAUUCACACAUUUA